UCCCUGCUGGUUGCCAAGUGUGAAAUUAAUAACAGCCCUCUAGCCUUCUAAUUCUUCAAGAAAGUAAUUUAUCAGAAAGCAUAGGGGUCAGCAGGCAUCCCCCGUGUGUUGGCUGGAGGCAUGGUGGUAGAUCAGUUGGCUGGGCCGGCCUCCCAGGACAUUGCCCUUUGGCACCAAAUACUCUAAGUCAUGAGUCCUGCAUUUGUCCUGAAGAAUUGGUCAGGGAAGGGGAAAAUCCUAACAGCAGCCCUCCUGGUGGCUACCUGUCUAAAGUUCAAGUGCCUAAUGCUUCAAAAGGCCAAAGUUCAAAAUUGGUUAGUGUUCGGAGUAAGGAAAGGUGCCAACUGAGAAGGUGGGAGACUUAGUGGUUCUUUAAGUCCAUCUUACCAAAGUACAUAUUUCGGGCUGCUUUUAUGUCAAGAAAAGGGGAAAUGGGAGGGGCUGUCUUUGUAAAACUCAACCUCAAGCAGAAUUCCUCUAAUGAUUAGCAUGUCUAUAUGCAAGACAGCAGAAACUAUUAGCCUGAAGGGCAAGGGAACAAAGCAGGUUUAAACAAGAUGGAGUCAAAGAGAGACCAAGCAUUUCACGGUUAAUGGUCACUCAGAGCCUUAAGUGCCACACAUAGGAUCUGUAAACCAUGAACAGGAAUGGUGUGCUUAGAUUGUAUUUUAGAAUAUUCUGACUGCUGGUUGAACUGGAGGGUUGCCAGGGAGGAAGCAGGGAGAUUGGAUAUUGCAGUAAUCCAGUCAAAGGUGACUUGUGGAGGAAGGCAGACCACUGAAUGGGGCUGGAGAACAUGUUCCUUCCAGCCUGGAGAGGGCUGCAGCACUAGACUAGGAAGGCACUUUCCUGGGGGGAUAGGGCUUCCUUAACUGGGGAAUGGGGAACACGGGGGACCAAGGAAGCCAAGAUAUUCUCAAAAUUUCCAGUAACUGAUCCUCUUGCCAAGUGGCUUUCUCUUUAUCUUGGGCUUGGGGGCAGUCUUCUUAACCCAGGAGGCUCUCUUAGAGAAUAGGGCAUUAUAGCCACAUGCCGGAGGAGCUCCAGGGCCUGUUGGAGGGACUUGGUCCUGCUGAACAAGUGGGAAGUUCUAGGCCCCCCUGCAAACCUUUAGAUGAGCUCCACAGGGCUCCUGCUCCCUGGGAGGGAUUAACUGGAGUGUAAUGAAUACACUCCAGGGGUUCGGAAGGACCGGCUAAAUCUUUCUUGGAAUGUGGGUUAGGCCUCUGCAGAGAGCAAGUCCAGACACCCUUCCCAGCCUCCGCCCUGGGCACUGCGCACAGGGCCUCGGGGAGAUUGAUGCCCCUCCUUCUGCUCCUCCCUAGUGUCUCGGAUUUCCUUCCACCCUCAGCCUCCUCCCUGGGAGGAUCGGGGCUGGGCCGUCCUUGGCGCCCCGUUUCCCACUACCAUUACCCCAGUCCCAUUUGACAGAGGUAGACAUCGAGGUCCAGAGAAGGCCGCAAGACCCCAGCUCCGAGUCUAAGUCUCCCCGGGCCUCCCACCAAGAAAGAGACUCGCGGCGCAGAUCCCGUGAGCUGGCAGGAGAGAGAUCGGGGCGCAGCUGAUUGGUCCAAAGUUCCCCGGAGCUGUCCAAUAGGCGCGGAGGGCGUGACGGCUCGGGCGCGGGGCUGCGAGCCUCGGGAGGCUCGAGUGGUCUGGCGGUUCCUGCCCGUCGUUCCUGUUCCCGUUCCCGGUCCCGUCCCCGGGGUCGGCCUCCUCAUCUUGGGCCUGCCUGCCGCCAUGGUCCUGGAGCUCUACCUGGACCUGAUGUCGCAGCCCUGCCGCGCCGUCUACAUCUUCGCCAAGAAGAACGGCAUCCCCUUCGAGCUGCGCACCGUCUCUCCCACAGGUCAGCACCACAGCGAUGCCUUUGCCCAGGUGAACCCCCUGAGGAAGGUGCCAGCCUUGAAGGAUGGGGACUUCACCUUGGCUGAGAGUGUGGCCAUCCUGCUGUAUCUCUGCCGAAAGUAUGAGACUCCCGACCACUGGUACCCCCAGGACCUGCAGGCCCGCGCUCGUGUGGAUGAGUACUUGGCAUGGCAGCACACGGCUCUGCGAAGUAGCUGCACCCGGGCCAUGUGGCAGAAGAUGAUGAUACCAGUGUUCCUGGGUGAACGGGUGCCCCCUGAGACGUUGGCAUCUACUCUGGCCGAGUUGGACAGGUGCCUGCAGCUGCUUGAGGACAAAUUCCUAAAGGAUAAAGACUUCCUUGCUGGGCCCCACAUCUCAGUGGCUGACUUGAUGGCCAUCACAGAGCUGAUGCAUCCCGUCAGCGCUGGCUGCCAUAUCUUCAAAAGCCGACCCAAGCUGGCUGCCUGGCGCCAGCGUGUGGAGGCGGCGGUGGGGGAGGACCUCUUCCAGGAGGCUCACGAAGUUGUCAUGAAGGCCAAGGACCUGCCUCCAGCAGACACUGCUGUGAAAGAGAAGCUGAAGCCCUUGGUGCAGGUUUUGUUGCAGUGAGAAGGGACAGGGCUUGCAGCCGAUGAUGGAGACGGUUGUCAAAAUAAAGAGAUGAAACUGCUCCCCUCCUUGGUCAUGAGCAAGAUAUCCUGCACAGUCUCUGGUCCUCAGAUCCCUCCAUAUAUCAGGCCUGCGCUUCUUCUGUCUAUCUCCGUAUUCCACUCUUGCCCCUUCCACUCCAACUUUCAUGUGACCUCUGGAAAGAGCUUUAGUAAAUAGAUAUUUGACCCUGUCCUUCCUCUGUUUGAAACUUUCCGUGGUGCCUCACUGCCCUGAGGUCACAGUACAGGUCAGGUCAUUGAACUUUGCAUUCGAGUUUUGCCCCCACUCCUCUAGGCUGCCCCCUUCUGGUUGCACACAGUAUCCCAUCAUUUUCCAGCCUUCCUCCAUCUCCCAGCUCCCGCCUCAGCCUCCUGGCCAUGGCUCAAGAGGAUUUCUCUGCUUGUAGGACCCCUCCUCACCUCUUUCCCUAGUACUCUCCCCCUCCUUUCUUUUGGCAUUUGUCACCAUGUCACUUUUACAGGGAGACAUCAUUGACCUCUCCAGCCCCAGGCUGGGUCAGGUAUGCCUCUGGGCUCUUCAGCCCCAGUGCUUGCUUUCUUCUGUCCCUGCAGGAAGUUGGUUCCAUGCCCGCCCUGGACUGAGCACGUGUCAGAUGGGGGCUGACCCUGUGAAGAAAUGUCUGAGUCGGGAAUGGCCUCUCUCCUGGGUCUCUGGAGUGAUGCUCUCUCCCACAGUGGAGUACCUGCUAAUGCAUGAACCUCCUUGCAGGGAGGGAAGUCCCAGGUUAUUUUCUGGCCUGCAAGUGCUCAGAGGCCUCGCUUUCCCAGGUCUACUUGUAAUCCCGACCACAGCCAUCUCCAUGCCCCACUCUGGGUUCCAGACUUGCCACCUGUCCUUGCCCUUUGCCUUCAAGUCUGUCACACCCUACCUGUUUUGUGUCCCAGAACCUCCGAGUCAUCCAAUAAAUUGCUAUUGGGACAGAGUCAUGAA